AUGGAGAUGGAGGUGCAGCAAGAUGGUGCUGCCGAGGGGUCCCCGGAGGAAGUUGGGACGAUCCUGGGACUCCUCCGGAGGGUGGGCCUGACCGGCCCGAAGCUGGCGCUACAGUUGGGCGAGGAGGAGGAACUGGCCCACCAGUUGGCUGACAGGGCGAGGCUUGAAUACAAGCCAUGGAUCUGUCGGCUGGUAACUGGCCAGGUCAAGGAUGCCUACGAUUCCGUGAUGAUGGACUCGAGGCUACCUGGGGAGAUGGCACCCCCAGCGGUUCAGAACAUCAUGGACGCGGUGUCGAGCCAGUUGAAGUCCCGGGAGCCGGGGGGUCCGAGCACAGGAAGCGGGCCACAACCAGUGGUCAUAGUGGUCCCGAAGUUGGGCCGGAAGAAAAGGGUCCAUGUGGGCCGCAGGCAAACAGAAGAAGAAGCCCAAGAUGCGGAAGAGGAAAAGGUGCUGAAGGCCCUGUUGGUGGAGCUGGAGAUGGUAUGUGCGCCAGUGCUGGAAAAGGCAGGUGAAGCAGCUGAUCCGGCAAGGGCUAGGAGGGCACUCCUUGGAAAAUACCGCCCAUCUACGGUGCGGAGAUACCUUGCCUACUGGCGGUGGACGAUGUCCGUGUCGGAUGAGCCGCCGAAAACGGGCACGCAGUUGGUGGAUUAUCUCCACGCAAGAGAAGAGGAAGGCAUGGGGCCAUCGGUUCCCUUGUCCGUACAAAAGGCGGUGGCGUGGUUCGAGACCCUGGCAGGGUUGGAGCAGAGCCGGGGGAUGAGUAGUGACCCUCUUGUUGGGUUGGUGGUCCGAGACCUGCUGCGGAAGCUCGAGAGUGGAGCCCCACCGAGAAAGAGGGCCCCUAGAAUGAUCACGUGUUUCCUACCUGCACUGGAGGAGAUUGUGAUGGAUGCAGCUCAGAGCCACUGCAUGAGAGCGGGGGCGUGGAUGAAGCUGGUGAAGGUGUGGGCGUCGUUGAGGUUUGACGACAUGGCUCACAUGAGGACGGAGAUGGUCACCGCCUACGAGGGAAAGUUUGCCGGCCUCAUGAAGAGGACAAAAACGACUGGGGCAGGAAAAAGAGUGAAGGAGCUGCCGUUCUUCAUCUCUGAAGAGGCUUGGGUAGCUCACCCCAAUUGGAUGGAAGAAGGUCUGAGGUCCCUAAGACAUGCCUUGGGGGACGGGUUCGAGCUGGUGGUCCCGAUGGGGGCGAGCACGGGCACGGCAGUCAAUGCGGUUAUGCCCUACCAGGAGGCCGUGGCAUGGAGUGGCGAAGUCAUGAGAGAAAUGAAAGGGCCGGCAGGGCAUAAGCUGGUCCCUGAAGGCUGGGAGCGGUUCUGGACUGAACAUAGCGAGCGCUCCACCAUGACUAGCUGCUUGGCGGCCUUGGGUAUCCCGAAGCCUGACCGGGAUUUGCUCGGUAGGUGGAAGCCCGAGGGAUCGGAUCAGUAUGUCCGGACAUACAACGCUGUUGUCCGCAGGCUGCAGAGGACCUUCGCUGAGCCCAUUCGAAAGGGUGAGGGUUACAAGACCUAUGACGAGGGCGCAGUGCUUGAGGAGAUGAAGUCCUGGCUGGUGGAAAAGUGGAACGUUGGGAAGGAGGUGGCCAGCAGGGCGGUGGAGAAUUGGAAGAUCAGGAUUCAACCUGAUGAGCCCUUCAUGGACCUUCUGAGAGAAGGUGAAUGUGCGGAAAAGUCGGAGGGGCAGAAGAAAGCGGCAGCGAGCAGUGCCGAGAGCUCCUCGUCGAGUGAUUCCUCCACGUCUGGAAGUCCGGAGGUGAAAAGAAGAAAGGGCGUGGAAAGGCUUGAUGAAGUGAGGAGAGAAGGGUUUGUGGUGGUUUACAAUAGGAUCGACAGAGGCAAACUCCACAGAGGUGGAGGGUGUUGGAUGGCCAAGCAGAGGAAGUUCAAGAAGGCAAAGGCAUACGAUGAGUUGCCAACGCCUGAGGAGUACACGAGCCGUUGCAGGCUCUGCUGGCCGCAGAAGGAGGAGGAGAUGUCCUCUAGUGACUCUGAAGACGAAGUGAGUGAGGGCGGAGCGGUAGGGCCCGUUGCGAAUGACUGUUUGUACAGCCCCGUCGAUGGGGAGCCGGGAGAGACCUCUGGUGAAGAUACCAGGUCGGUGAAAAGUUUAGCAGCAGCACUGCUGAGCGGGGGGGUCCUUGGGUCGCACCCAAGGCCAGCAUGUGGAUUUGCAGUUGAAGUCCUUGGGUCGCACCCAGGGCCGGAGUGUUUGAGUGCAUGGGUUGAGGGUGCUCUGGUGGACGCUCCACCAAGGGUUCCCCCCCAUGGAGCCCAUGGGGAGGUUAGGAGUUUUUGUCUGGGGGGGCCGCGCCCUCCCGGCCGGUGGUGGCCAAGUGAUCUGUGGGUUUAUGCUGCAACGCCUGCAGCAUGGGCUCGAGAGGGAAACAUGCCGCCCCUCGUGCUGACGGCUGAGCAGGAGGCGGCUGCCCUCCCUAAGGGAGGGGCAGAUUUGAAGUUCCUGUUGGAACGGAAUGAUGUGCCGUCAAAGGUGAUGGCCUUGUGGUUCCACAUUGGGGUGGUGACCAUGGAGAAGUUCGCGAACAUAGCAAAGGAUGUGGCGGACCUGACGGAGGUCUUAAAGGACCAUCUGGACAUAGACCAGGGCAGGUCUUUGGAAGAAAGGGUCCAGGUGGCGGCGGUCGUCUGUGCGUGGUCGAAUGCAAAGGCCCGUAUCCAGAGGGCUGCAGAGAUGGAGGCAGAGAUGGAUACUAAGGACUGGACCAAGCCGAUGGUGAGCUCAGAAUGGCUCGCUAUGAAGAGUGGCUUGGAAAGGGUGGUGGGCGCCUUAGAUGACAAGGUGACCCCAUCAAAAGAAUAUGUGGAGAAGAAGCUACAAGAGGUGGAAGCGGGCGAUUACAGAGCAGAGGAGCUGUCAGAGGUGGUGAGCCGGGACGAGGUAGAUCCGGACUCAAUGGUGCCUCAGUGGGAUGCCCGCGGCAACCUCACGGUGAGGAAGGGAGCUUCAAGGGUGAAAGAGCCGGAGAACCCCGAGGCAUUGAGGAGGAGACUGACAGUGAUGAGAAACGCUUAUCAGAUGAUAGCGUUGAAACACACGAAUCGCCCAGAGCUGCAGGGUGAUUACACCCGGACCUUCGAGGAGUUCAAGGAGUACCUCCUGGGCGAGCACGUAUAUGGUCUGAAUGCAAGGGAUGCAGAGGGUUACACUAUAGCAGCACCGCCUUUCAGACUGGUCUUGGCAUAUGAAAAGGCGGUCCGCAAGGAUGCGGUGCAACGGGUCAACAAGGAAGGUGAAACCUUCCCAAGGGCGCUGAAGCUGGCCUGGAGAGACCCUACAACCAAAGAGCGCCACUUUACUACCCCGUUGGCACUAUAUGCCAAACGACCGGCCCCCCAGGCACCGCCCUGGAAGGUACAGGAGAGCCCCCCACCGAAGAAGACAAGGCCGGAUCAGAAAGGAGGAAAAGGGAAGAACAAGGGGGGAGGCAAGCAAUUGCCAGGAUGUGCAACGCACAACAAAGAAGGGACCCCCAUCUGUUUCCGCUUCAACACAGCGGGGGAGAAGUGCAAGAUGCAGAAGUGCAGGUUCAGCCAUCAAUGUGGCAUCUGCUUUUCAACCAAGCACCCGAUGUACCAGUGUGAUGGCAACAAGAGGCAGCCGCCGGAUACGGCGGGCGGGGGUGCAAGAAAGGAAAAGGCGGAGCUGGGGAACAUUAUGGCUGACUUCUCCUUCGAAGCCAUGAAGCGCCAGCUCAGGAGGAAGGGCGCGGUGGCAGUUAUGGAACAGCCAGAGGACUUGGGAAAGCCGGCAACUCCCAGAAUACCUGGGCAACGGCCUGCCUCGAUGUGGCAGUUCCCACAACAUGCAAUGGUAGCCGCGAUGGAAGAGGUGGAAAGCGUGGCCCUGGCACAAUUGGACUUUGGUACAGAGAGUGUCAAGCCCACGCGCCUGCUUCUGAGAGUGCUGGGGCCGCUUCACCCCCGAAUGUUCCCAGGUAUGCCUAGCUUGGAUGAAGAAGGAAACUACAUGGGCCCUUUGCCCAAGAUGAAGGGAACUCCGCUGAUUGGCAAAGUGGGGGGAAAAUUCAGGAGAGAGGAGAAAGGAGAAGGUUUGGAAGAGGAGGUGGAUCCGUUCUUUCCACCGGUCAUGGGUGGAGUGGGGGCUGCGAGAGGGUGCUCUUGGAAAGGAAAUGUGGUCCCCUUCCACGACGGGGGAUGUCUCCUGUCUCCGGGGAGAUGGGACCUGGGAAAACGGGUCUACCCGGAGGGUGAGGAGUGGGCGAAUCUUAGGGCCCGCUUGAGGAGAAUCGUGGUGCAGAAGGCUGGAGGAGAAGAGGCCCUCGAGAGAGAAUGCUUCUCGAUGGCCAGGGGAGAGGAAGGCUGCAGGCUGGUAAGAGAUGAAGGCCUGGAGGAGGCAAUCGUGGAGGAGUUGGUGAGCUUUUGCAAGGGAGGUGAUGACCUCAAAGGAGUGGAGCAGGGGCAGCCCUUUAGGCUGAGUUUGAUGGAAGCCCUGCUGAAGGAGGCGGGGGAUGGCGACUAUGAGUUCCUUGACGAGGCAAAGGCAGGCCUUCCUCUGGGGGUUAAGAGCCAGUUGCCCAUGACCCCGGCGGCGUUUGAGAGGCAGACUGAGUGGUCGUUGGUGGAUGACCCGACAGAGGAGUGCGAGCUGUCCAGGAGCAACUAUCCGUCAGCAGCCGUGCACGAGGACCAUUUGAGGUCUCACUUGGAGGCUGAGGUGAAAGAAGGGCUUAUUGAGAAGCUGGGGGUGAAAGAAUUUGAGGAGAGGUUUGGUCCUGACCGUGCGGUGGCGGCGUUGGCGGUUUUAGUGGAGGACGAGGAGACGGGAAAGAAAAGGGUAAUCCACGACGCUUCACAUGGCGUCAGGGUGAACCACAGGAUAAGAUGCCAGGACAAGUUGAGGAUGCCUGGAGGAAGAGAGAAGAGGUGCCUGUUGGAGAAGUUUGAGAAGGCGAAGGACGUGGUUUUCUCCUUGAUCGGGGAUUUUGAGAAGGCGCAUCGCCGCUUCAAGUACUGCAGCAGUGAGCAGGGAUAUCUUGCAUGCAAGGUAUCAGACCAUGAUCCCUUUGUUUAUGUCAACAAGGUGGGAACUUUUGGGGUCAGUUCGACGCCCUACUGGUGGUCGCGUCUUAGCGGCGCCUUGUUGAGGCUGGUCCAUUACCUGUUGGGACCCGGAGUGCCGAUUGAGAUGCUGCUGUAUGCAGAUGACUUGGAAACGAUGGGUAUCGGCAAGGAGGGACGGAAGGGCCUCGUUCUGGCCUAUGUGGUCAUGGCGGCAAUGAGGGCUCCAUUCAAGUGGAAGAAACAAAGAGGGGGCCUACAGACAGAGUGGAUCGGCCUCUUCACAGACUAUUCCCGCUACGCUUUUGGGCUGUCGGAGAAGCGGGCGGAUUGGCUUGUGAGGUGGAUGGAGGGGGUAUGCCAGGAGAAGGUGGUAGACCCCCGGGAAUUCGUGGCAGUUUUAGGCCGGCUGGGCUUCGCCUCUUUGGCCUUGCCGUGGGAGAAGCCGAGGCUGAAGGCAGGGGGGAGGAUGGAAGAGGUGAAGUGGGAGCCUCCGACACAGAAAGGAGGUCUAGUUUUCUUUACAGACGCUAGAGCGUCAGAGAAGGAUGCCUGCAUAGGAGGCUACCUCAGGGUUUCUGAGGACUUGAUGCAGUGUCCCUGGUUUAGCAUAGAUGUGGAUGAGGAGCUGGCGCCAUGGAUGCGCUCCAAGGGCGGCAGCCCCAAGAGAGUGAUAGCCGCGCUGGAGUUAUUGGCCACAUUGGUGGCAGUGAAACUAUGGGGAGGCCGGUUCCCAGGUGGCUUGAAAGGUAAAAUGAAAGCCUUCACGGACAACCGUGGGAAUUCCUUCGCUUUGGCCAAGGGGAUGUCAACAAAGUUCCCAUUGACAGUCCUCCUCAUGGAGCUGGCGGAGGAAUUAAGGUGCUUGAACAUGAGGCUGGACUUGGAGUGGUUGAGAAGGGAGGAAAAUGAGCAGGCGGAUGCACUCAGCAACGGAGAUUGGAGCCUGUUCAAUCCUGAGUUGAGAGAGAGCUUUGAUGAGAGAGGACGGUACCCCAUCCCUGGUGUUGAUUUAAGGGAUGUGCCCAUUGGAGAUACAACAGAUGCUCCAUGGGCCGGCACUCAGAUGGGAGGAAAAACUGCAGCGCUGCCACUGAACGGUGGCUUUGUGAGUCGACGUGCCAGUCGCAUGAGUUUGCCUGCCGACCUGGACCUGAAGUCUCCGGAAUGCCUUCAGGGACCAGCGAAGGCUGCUGUUAGAGGCGACUUCGUGACCAGCUGUGCCGGGUUCCGCUCCAGCAAGGGACUGGUGUCCUCGGCAUCCUCGGUGUGCUGCCAAGCCGCGCCAGCGGACGCCACGCGGCCACGUGUGGCGGAUGGUGUGAAGGCCGCUGAGGCACCAUGGCUUUGCUGA